UAUUGCUUUUUUUGGUUUUUUUUUUGUAAUUUCUUUGUUUAAAAAAAAUGUUUUAACAAUCAAAAAAUUACGAUAAGAAUGUGUUGUUUUUUUUUUUUUGUUGACACGCUUUGCUUCCGUCAUUAAAUUGUUUUCAUUCGUGGAAUUUGCGGUCUGAUAGUAAUUAUAUUUUAUUGUAUAGGACUUGCAAUUCUUAACAAAUAACGCCAAUUUUUUUCGUUCACACUUACUGAAUGACGAAGGAAAUAUUUUAACGAACCUAACACGAUUCGAGAGGGACUUCCCAACUGUUUGCCAUACUUUUUCGUGUUUAUAAAAGAGCGUUCAAGUAUCAUUUGCAUUUAGUCGAUUUUGUAUUGCAAAUACUAUAAGUUACUGCAAGUUUCCUCAAAAUAAAAAAAAAAAUACAUAAUUUUAAAAAAUGUUUUCAAUAUCUUAUAUCGUGUAUUCAGUUUGUGUGAUGUUUAUUUUACAAAAUGUGACUACAGCAUUUGGCAAACCGUACGCAACCAAUGAAGUGGAACAAAGUCACAUUUGUCCUAGAAUUGUAACACGAGAAGAAUGGAAGGCUCGUGUUGUUACAAAUUAUAAAUUAUUGGAUUUUUCACCAACUCCUUAUGUUGUUGUUCAUCAUGGGGGAAUUAAACAUUAUUGUUUUACUCAAGACACGUGUUCGGAGAUAGUGCGUUCUUAUCAGAAUUUACAUAUGGACGAGCGUGGCUGGAUUGACAUUGGAUAUAAUUUUGUCAUCGGGGAAGAUGGAAAUGUGUAUGAAGGUCGCGGAUGGAAUAUAGUUGGCGCACAUGCACCUGGAUAUAAUACGCAAAGUAUCGGUAUCUCAAUUAUUGGCGAUUAUACAGAUCGCCUGCCAAAUGAAGCAGCUCUAAAGGCAUUAAAUUCACUAAUCAAAUGCGGUGUAAUGAUGGGAAAAAUUCAAAAUGAUUAUAAAUUAGUUGGACAUCGACAGACGAGAGAUACCGAGUGUCCAGGAACUUGUUUUUAUGAAUAUAUUCAAAAAUUACCAAACUGGACAAAUAAACUACAUCCAAUUUAUGAUCAUCAACAAAAUAAUGCAACGAGCAAUCAACAUCUUCAAAGUCUUUUUAAUAAUCGAGAAAUUUAUUCAACAACAAUGAAUGUUACUGAUGAAUACUCAAAAGAAUUGAAAAUUAUAAGUAGAGCAGAAUGGGGUGCAAGGAAACCGCAAGGACCAGUUGAUGAUCUUCCUCAAUAUCCAGCUCCUUACGUUGUUAUACAUCAUUCAGCGACUCCAGGUUGUACUUCUCAAGCAAUUUGUCAAUCACGAGUUCGAUCUUUUCAGAACUAUCAUAUGGAUCAUAAUAAAUGGAGUGAUAUUGGUUAUAAUUUUUUGAUUGGAGAGGAUGGAAUUGUUUAUGAGGGCCGUGGUUGGGGCAAAAGAGGAGCACACUGUCCAAAAUAUAAUCCCAAAAGUAUCGGAAUCUGUAUCAUUGGAGAUUUUGCUAAUAUAGAGCCCAAUUUAAUUGCAAUUGAAACAUUGAAGGAUUUAAUAAAAUAUGGUGUUUCCAAAGGUGAAAUUCUUAAUAAUUAUAAAUUAAUUGGUCAUCGACAAGGUUCAUUAACUACAUGUCCAGGCAACAAAUUGUACGAUUUGAUUAAAACCUUUCCACACUGGGAAAGUAAUCCAUAGAAUUUAAUUUCGCAGAAAAUUAUAUGAUACACUAUAUUCAACAUAAUAGCCGGUGAAUAAUAGACGAUGGACAGGAAUAGGACACGUGGAAAACUUUUCAACGUCAGUCGAUGGAAACAGUUCGCGUUCGGCAAACAUCCAACGAUGUUUGUCCACUGAAAACUUCCGCGCUAAAACACGUGUGCGCUUCAAAAAAAAAAAGAAAAUUGAUAAUCAUUUUCUUUAGUGUUAUGCAAAUUAUUUGUAAAACGACAAAAUUCAUCAACGAGAGUCUUCUACGGAAAAUAAUAUUCAAAAUCAUGGUCUUCGCUUUUCUAAAUAAAGAAGAUUUUUUUUGAAGAAUUCCAAAUUUUCGGGUAAGAUGAUUUUGUCAAAAAAAAGAAUUUUAAUUUUUUAUUAUUUAAUAUUCCAGUUUUUUAUCAAUUGCUUUUUCCUAUUUCAUCCGCGAAUAAUAGAAUAAAAAAUAAGUGCAUGUUAAAAUGAAGUGAAUAUGUAAAGAUAAAAAUAAAAACUAUAUAUAAAGAAAUUUUUCAAAAAAAUCAAAAUAUUAAUAAAAUUGUAAUACAUGUACUCUAAGUGAAAAUGAAGCAUUUCAGUCAGACAUAUUAGCCUGACUAGUAAAAUAUAUUUUCCACUCGUUAUGAUUCUUACUAAAGGAAAUUAUUUUAAAUUAAAUAAUUUUAAUUAUUACUAAAUUAAAUAUUAAAUUUAGAUUUUAAUAAGAAGUAAAUUCAAUAAUUAAAAUGUGGAUUUUUGAGUAGAGUCUUUUUUUUUUUUGCUAUAAUUUUUAAUAUAAUUUUACACCAAUUUGUAAAUUAUUACAUACAAUUUCAAAAAAUAAUAAAUAACAUGAAGUCAACGUACCGCGCGAGUAACGCAAAAUAUCGAUUUUAAAAUUGUUGGGUAAAUGAAUAAGUAAAUUGUAUCAACAAGCAAGCAACGUGACUAGCCAACAGGAAGGAUGAGUUUAAACUUUGUCUAAAGAAACUAAAUGUCGUUAUUCAAUUAUAAAGGAAAACAGAAUCUACCAAUUCUAAAGAAAGCAAACGAUUAUUAUAUAUAUAUAUAUAUAUAUAUACAUUUUAAAACAAAUAAUUUUUUUUUCUUUUGGAAAAUAAAUAUUUUGUUUCCUUGUAAUGAAAUUCAAAAUAGAAUUUUGUUACCUCUAUUUUUUUUUUAAUAAAUCGAUAAAUGUUUUUUCAUUUUGUAAAAAAAACUGAAAAAUAAUUAAACAAAAAGGAAAUUUAAUAAAUUAAAUAAUUCACUAAGAAAAAAAAGUUGUUAUAAAUUCGUUGAAAUUAACGAAAAAAAAAAAUUUAUAUUUAUGCUAAAGUAUGUUUGUAUAUAAUUUAUGUAAAUUGAUAUAAUGUUUAUAACGUAUAUCGAUUUAAGAAACCGGCUUUAGACAUUGACACCAAUUUUUGAUGACUCUACAUAUUUCAACCUUCAAGUUUUCUAAAUAUUUUUUUCAUAUAUAUUAUAUAAACUUUCAUUAAAAUAAUUCAUAUUUUUGCAAAUUAUUGAAUUAUUUAUAUUUUUUUUUCCUAAUUGUUUUAAUAAAAAUAAACAAAUACACAGGUGGCGUUACAAACAAUAAGGAAUCCAUCAUUUAACGUUAGACAUUCACAUGUGACACAUGUGAUAUUAUUAAGGGUGUUAAGAAUUUUUUGUUUUAUUUUAUAAUCAUUUGUGUUUAACAAAAAAAAAAUUAACAA